AUGACAACAUACAAAACCCUGGAAUCACAGGUAAUAUCAAGACUAAAACAAGUACCGGUCAAGGUUGACGCUAGUGUACAAGCUUAUACCGACUCCAUCUUCAAAUCUUGGCGACAACGAUCUGUAGGAGAAAUCGGAAUGCACAUUGACUAUGAAUCGCAGGUGGAGCUUUAUCUCAGUCUCUUUCAUUCUCGCCGUAGAUAA